UAUGUGAUGUAUAAAUCUUUUUGGAGCUUUAUUUAUUAUUCAUUUUUUUACAGACUAAAACUUUCAAAUGCAAUUUAAUGUAACUUCAUACUUCUUUCUCGCUGCCUCGUGAUCUGUCCCUCGCACUAACUUGUCAACGUCUACAAAAGUAUUUUUUUCAAGCCAAAGUUAACGUUUGAUGUUUCUCUGGAAUUAGUGAACAGAAAAUACACUACAGCUUAGUAUAUUUUAUGUAUUUUAGAAAUAAAAAUCUUUAGUUGUUUUGGAAGGAUAUCCUAAAAUAUAUACACACAUGAUAUUGACGUAUGAAAAAGUAGUUUAACUAUAUAAUUGUGUGCAAAAAAAUGUUUUAGAGAUCACAUAUCACAGUUUCCUUGUCAUUUAGGAAAUGCAUGAAAGCUUUGUUGAAACAUUGCAACAUUUAUUACUAGAUUAAUAAAGUUUGAUCGCUUAGUGGAGUAGGUUAUGAAUGACAUUUGCUGUGUUUUACUAAGAAGUAAAACCUUUUGGUGGAGUAGCUUUCUACAAAUAGGCUAACUUGGUUGGUAGUUAAAUGUUUCAUAAGCAUGUUGUGUCUUUUAAAGGAAAGAGUUUUUAUCAUCUCCUCUCCCACCCACAACAGUCUUCCUUUUUGCAGGCUUUUAAGUGGCUGAAUCGAAACUUUCCGGUCCCACAGUCCACAUGUCGAACCCAGUGGUCACCAGUCAACCUGGGGCAGGAGGCUAUGGGACAAACGUCCAAACUGGAGAGUGGAGCUCAGGCUUGUGUUCCUGUUUUAGUGACUGUUUAGUUUGUGCGCUUGGUUGUUUUUGUCCAAUGGCUCUGAGCUGCUAUGCUGCAAAUAAGUACGGUGAAAACUGCUGUCUGGGUUGUGUGCCAGGAGGCAUGACUGCCAUGAGGACUCAUAUGAGAUUGACGUAUGGUAUCCAGGGGACAAUAUGCAACGACGCUCUCAUGACCUUUUUCUGUGGACCUUGUGAACUGUGCAGGAUGGCCCGAGAAAUUCGCAUCAGGAACGGAGACAUUUCACUGUAACAUGAUGAUGAUGAUGAUGAUUUAGGAAGCCCAGUGCUUCCUAAAGUAGUAGCCAAUGAAACCAGCAGUUUAGUGUAAUAAGUGUAAUUUUGCUCAUAUGAAAAGUUUGCUAUCUGUAUAUGACCUGCUUUUACCAAAAACAUCACUUAUGUUGAAUAAUUUUGACAUAUGUCUUGUCCACAGUGUCAGGUUUCUCUUUUUUAUUUUAAAUGUCUUUGUGUGAAAUUAUGCAAAGAAUGUUCAAGAUACAUAUUUCACUAUGUAAUCAAACCGCUUUUGUCUGGUUCUGUUUCUGAGCUACUUUUUAAAUGUGAUAAUAAUCUAUUAUGACUUCAGACUUCUUAAGACCUAUUUAACCUAAACCAUUAAUAUCCAAAAUAAACCAAAAGCACAAGUUAGAUGAGCUGGACAAUAAUAUUUUUUCUUCUCUAAUUGUUCUAUAUCAAAGAUUUCCAGCCAAAUAUGGAUGAAGCUCAGUUUGAUAUUAAAACAGUGAGUGUGAUAAUCUAAUUUGUGUUUUAUCAUUUUGAUGAUAUUUUAAAAGCAGCAUGAAAUUGUUUCUAUUCACUUUCAAUUACUUGUAAAUCAUUCUGUCGCUCUCUUGUGGCUUGUAGGUGAAGAUUAAGUCAGUCACUGUGACAUUGUUAGUGUGCAGAACAGAUCUCAAGCAUUAGUCGCAACAUGGGUGUAGUGUAAACUAAACAAUUUCUAGUUGGUCUAUAGGCCUCAGUUCGGUUAGGGUGAUUUGUUGAUGUCUGAUGGUUAAACUGUUUGUGGGUCUUUCAGAUUAAGAUCAGCAUUAACCAAUAAACAGUGCUGAUUUGUCAUGU